GUAAGCGGAUGUUACUUUCUAGCGCGAGUGUGGGGGAAGUACAACCUGCUUUGUUUCCUGUCCAUGAACAAUUCUUUUCCUUAGGGAAUUCUCCUUGUGGCGUCACGACGUUAACUCGUAAUUUAACCAUAACGUUAAAAUGUCUGGAGAUAUUGAAGCAUUAGCUCUUAAGGAGGAUGAUGUUACAAAAAUGUUGGUUGCCGGUACCCAUUUGGGUAGUGAAAAUGUAAAUUUUCAAAUGGAGCAGUAUGUUUUUAAGCGCCGUGUCGAUGGUGCUGGUAUUAACAUAAUAAAUUUGAGAAGAACAUGGGAGAAACUUUUAUUAGCAGCCAGAGCUAUUGUUGCUAUUGAACACCCAAGUGAUGUUUUCGUCAUCAGUUGCAAGCUCUAUGGUCAAAGAGCAGUCUUGAAGUACGCCAAUCACACUGGUGCAACACCAAUUGCAGGACGUUUUACUCCUGGUGCAUUUACAAAUCAGAUUCAGGCUGCUUUCAGGGAACCACGUCUUUUGAUUGUCACUGAUCCAGCAACAGAUCAUCAACCCAUCACUGAAUCCAGUUACGUUAACAUUCCCGUUAUCGCUUUCUGCAACACCGAUUCACCAUUGCGAUUCGUUGACAUUGCAAUUCCAUGCAAUAACAGAAGUCCGAACAGCAUUGGUCUCAUGUGGUGGCUCUUGGCGCGUGAAGUUCUUCGUCUUCGAGGUUCCAUCCCACGUGAAACCAAAUGGGACGUUGUUGUCGAUUUGUUCUUCUACAGAGAUCCAGAAGAGGCUGAGAAAGAAGAGCAAGCGGCAAAGGAAGUUACUGGACCAGCACCAAAAGAAUUCUCAGCUGCUGAACCCAUUGCUUCAGCCGAUGGUUGGGGCAAUGAUGUCGAAACUGGUCCAGCCGUGACUGAAAGUUGGGCUGAUGAUGGUGCCCCAGCUGCUGCAGCUCCUGCCGCAGCCGCUCCUGCACCAGCACAACCUUUCGUUGCCACCGGUGAAUGGGCUUCCCAGGUUCCUGGACAAGAUGAAUGGACUCCAGCUCAACCCGCAUCAGCCCCAGUAUCCAGCUGGGGAGGUGGUUCCACUGAUAAGUGGUAAUUUUACAUUCUUUGCAAUGUUUAAAAUUUUUAUUACAAACAACAACUUGUAAAGAAAAAAUUAAUAAAAAAAAACAGAAAAACCUAA